CCCGGCAGCGCCGUCAUUCUGCCGCAUGCUGCCUGCCGACACCAUUGCGCAGAGGAAUUCCCUGCCGUCUGUUUACAGCCAGGAGGAGAGGACGCGUGCCGCAGAGCUCCGUAGGAUUUGACAUGGAGGCGCCCGGCGGUUGUUUCCGAGGCUGCGUUUACGUGCCUCCCGGUCGGGCACGCAUGUAGGAGGGGAGCGGCGUGUUUCUGCCAGCGAGGGAGACGCUUUUGUUUGUGUUUGCUGCUUCCUGAUGCGGUCAGAGCGGGCCAGCCGUGUUUGUAUCGUGGUGCUGGAGGAGGUGGAGGAGGACGAGCCCUCCUUUGCACCCCCACCUCCUCGGCCCAAGUCCACCCCAGACCCUAAAUCCCAUCAUGCCCCUAGAAGGGCUGCUGCUCUGGAGGACAAGCCUGCCUUGCUCAGAGCCAUCUUCAAUGUGGAUCCAGAUGAGGUCCGGUCGCUCAUAUUCAAGAAAGAAGAUGUAAACAUUCAGGAUAAUGAAAAGCGGACACCACUCCAUGCCGCCUCCUACCUGGGGGACAGCGAGAUCAUUGAACUGCUCAUCCUCUCCGGAGCCCGAGUUAAUGCCAAAGAUAACAAGUGGUUGAGUCCUCUUCACCGUGCCGUGGCCUCGUGCAGCGAGGAUGCAGUGGCGGUGUUGCUGAAGCACAGCGCCGACGUCAACGCCAGGGACAAGAACUGGCAGACGCCGCUCCACGUGGCGGCGAGCAACAAGGCCGUGCGCUGCGCCGAGGCCUUAGUGCCGCUCCUCAGCAAUGUCAACGUGUCUGACCGGGCAGGGCGCACCGCUCUGCACCACGCCGCCUUCAGCGGACACACGGAGAUGGUGAAGUUGCUGCUGUCCAGAGGAGCUAACAUUAAUGCGUUUGACAAGAAGGACAGGAGGGCCAUCCACUGGGCAGCCUACAUGGGUCAUCUGGAAGUAGUUAAAUUAUUGGUGAGUAGUGGAGCAGAGGUGGACUGUAAGGACAAGAAGGCUUAUACACCUCUCCAUGCAGCUGCCUCCAGUGGGAUGAGUAGCACCGUACACUACCUGCUCGGCCUGGGCGUCCAGGUGAACGAGGUGAAUGCCUUCGGCAACACCCCACUCCAUUUGGCGUGUUACAACGGGCAGGACGUGGUGGUCAGUGAGCUCAUCAAGACCGGGGCCCGCGUCAACCAGGUCAACGAGAGGGGGUUUUCUGCCCUUCACUUUGCCUCCUCCUCACGCCAGGGGGCGCUGUGCCAAGAGCUACUGUUGGCCCAUGGAGCACACAUCAACCUGCGGAGUAAAGAUGGGAAGACUCCCCUCCAUAUGGCAGCUACUCACGGCAGGUUCUCCUGCUCUCAGGCCCUCAUUCAAAACAGAGCUGAAAUUGAUUGUGUGGACAAGGACAGAAACACUGCUCUUCACAUCGCCGCGCGCUACGGCCAUGAGCUCAUCAUCACAGCGCUUGUCAAACACAGAGCCAGCGUUGCCAAGAGAGGCGUUCAUGGGAUGUUGCCGCUACACCUAGCAGCCCUCGCCGGCUUCCCUGAUUGCUGCAGGAAGCUGCUGUCCUCAGGGUUCGACAUUGACGCCGCCGACGACUACGGAAGGACUUGUCUGCACGCGGCCGCAGCCGGAGGGAACCUGGAGUGCUUGAAUCUGCUGCUAAAUUUAGGCGCUGACUUUAACAGCAAAGACAACUUUGGAAGGACCCCUCUUCAUUAUGCAUCAGCCAACUGUAAUUACCACUGUCUGUUUGCCCUGGUGGGCUCCGGGGCGAGCGUCAACGAGCUGGACCAGAGAGGCUGCGGCCCCCUGCACUACGCCGCCGCAGCCGACACCGACGGAAAAUGUGUGGAGUACCUUUUGAGAAACAACGCCGAGCCCGGCGUGAGGGACCAGGAGGGGUACAGCGCGGUCCACUACGCCUCAGCCUACGGCCGCACUCUCUCUCUGGAGCUGAUGGCAAGUGAAACCCCUCUUGACGUGCUAAUGGAGACAUCAGGAACCGACUUGACGAGUGACUCCGAGCGCCACGGCUCCAUCAGCCCGCUCCACUUGGCGGCUUACCACGGCCACUGCGGAGCGUUAGAGGUCCUCCUGUCCUCCAUGCCGGACGUGGACGUCCGUAGCCCGCAAGGUUGCACCCCUCUCAACCUGGCCUGCUCCAGAGGACACCAGGAGUGUGUCUCCAUGCUGCUACACCGUGGCGCCUCACCCAUGACCAGUGACUACACACACAAAAAGACAGCUCUGCACGCGGCGGCUAUAAAUGGUCACUCGGGGUGCCUGCGUCUCCUCAUGAGCAACGACGACCGACACGUCAAUGUGGACGCACAGGAUGUCAACAAGCAGACGGCGCUGAUGUUGGCGGUGCUGAACGGCCACACCGAGUGUGUGUACUCACUGCUAAGCCAAGGAGCCAGUGUCCAAGCUCUGGACCGCUGGGGCAGGACAGCCCUUCACCGAGGGGCGGUGACGGGUCAGGAGGAAUGUGUGGAGACUCUCCUUCAGCGCGGGGCCAGCGUGUGUGCGAAGGACAUCCGAGGCCUGGCCCCUCUCCACUUGGCGUCCGCCUGCGGCCGGGCGAGCGCGCUGGGCGCCAUGCUGCGGGCCGACGGCACCUCGGACGCUCUCUCGCAGCUGGCGGACAACCAGGGCUACACGCCGCUGCACUGGGCGUGCUACAGCGGGUGUGACGCUUGUGUGGAGUUGCUGUUGGAGCGGGAAGCCUUCAGGAAGACGGACGGCAGCACGUUCAGCCCGUUGCACUGCGCCGUCAUGAACGAUAACGAAGGAGCGGCCGAGAUGCUGAUCGAUUCCCUUGGCGCAGACAUCGUCAACGCCACCGACCGCAAGGGCAGGUCCCCGCUUCACGCCGCCGCUUUCUCCGACCGCGCGGAGUGCAUUUCCCUGCUGCUGAGCCACGGCGCCCGCGCCAACGUGUCGGACGCGCACACGCGCAGGACGCCGCUGAUGAUGGCCGCGCUCAACGGACAAACCAACGCCGUGGAGGUGUUGGUGAGCAGCACCAAAGCAGACUUUGCUCUGCAGGACACUGACAGGAACACUGCCUUGCAUCUGGCUUGUAGCAAGGGUCAUGAGACGUGUGCCUUGCUGAUCCUGGAGAAGAUGAGUGAUAAAAACCUCAUCAACUGCACCAACGCCUCACUGCGCACGCCGCUCCAUGUUGCUGCCAGGAAAGGUUUAACGGUGGUGGUCCAGGAACUUCUGGGCAAAGGAGCAAGUGUGCAAGCGGUGGAUGAAAACGGUUACACGCCCGCUCUGGCCUGCGCCCCCACCCGCGACGUGGCCGACUGCUUGGCGCUCAUCCUCCACUCCAUGAUGCCUGCCUCCCCCAUAGCAACAUCGCCUGCGUUCUCGCUGCCUCACACGGUCAUCAAGCACCACCUGGCGACCAAUCACGUCACGAAGGGCGUGGCCUUUGACACGCCGCCCGCUCUGAGGCCCGACCACGCUUCGUACUGCAGGCCGGAGCACCCGCUGUCUUCGCUCUCUGCUGACGACGAACUAAAUGACUCGGAUUCAGAGACCUACUGAAGACUGACCCCUAGUCGAAGGCCAGCGUGAGACUCUUAAACUGUGAGCAAACACAAACCAUAGAGGCAAAAAUGACAUCACACUAAUGAACUCAGUGUUUUAAUAUUCCAAACUAGUGUCAUAUUUAAAUAUAUUAAUAUACUUAGUGGAUAUGAUUCUAAAUGGGACCAGAUGUUUCUUCACUGUACUUUCUAUUUAUGUUGAGCAGUCAUCAACCACUUUGCAGUUCAAGUCGUAUUUCCACUUGAAGAGGAUCAUUGGAGAAUGUAUCAUCUUUUUUAUUACUGAAGGAUUGUUGGUGCACCUGCAGCCACACCACUCCAUGUUUAUGUACUGUGUGUGAGAGAAAUAAAUAAUUGCUUUUUGAGAACGA